CUCGUGUCUGCCGAGGGAUCUCAUUCGGAUGCUGGGUCCGUGUGUGCCGAAAGCCAGCCGGAACUGCCACCCUCCAUUGAGCGAACUGGAGGCAUUGGAGAUUCCAGGCCUCCUUCGUUUCACCCAAAUAGUGGAGGGAGCCGAGAGAACUUGGACAAUGAGACAGAGACGGACUCUGUGGUGUCAGUUCAGAGGGAACGGCCCCGCAGGAAGGAGGGUCCCGAGCACGCCCCCAGGGUGAACGGGAUGACCAAGGGGGACCGGCGGCGGGAACUGGGGGGCUAUGAAAGCUCCUCCACCCUGAUGAGUAGUGAACUGGAGACUACCAGCUUCUUCGAUUCCGAUGAGGAUGAUUCCACCAGCAGGUUCAGCAGCUCUACAGAACAAAGCAGCGCCUCGCGCCUCAUGAGACGACACAAACGGCGUCGGCGGAAACAGAAAGUAGCCCGAAUUGAGAGGUCUUCGUCUUUUAGCAGCAUCACCGAUUCCACCAUGUCGCUGAAUAUCAUCACCGUUACGCUCAACAUGGAAAAAUACAACUUCCUGGGCAUCUCCAUCGUUGGGCAAAGCAAUGAACGUGGCGAUGGGGGCAUCUACAUUGGCUCCAUUAUGAAGGGAGGCGCUGUGGCGGCUGAUGGAAGAAUUGAACCCGGAGACAUGCUGCUGCAGGUGAACGAUACCAACUUCGAGAACAUGAGCAACGACGAUGCUGUACGAGUGUUGAGAGAAAUUGUGCACAAACCGGGGUAAGACCUCCUGUUGACCGGUCUGGAGAACAUUGGAAUCUGUCUCGAUGACUUCCACCUCUCCAUCCAUAGCGACAUGGCCACCAUCGUCAAAGCCAUGGCCUCGCCAGAAUCGGGCUUGGAGGUGCGCGACCGCAUGUGGCUGAAGAUCACCAUUCCCAGUGCCUUCAUUGGUUCGGAUGUGGUCGAUUGGCUGUACCAUCACGUGGAGGGAUUUACGGACCGGCGAGAAUCCCGCAAGUACGCUAGCAACCUGCUGAAGGCUGGUUAUAUCCGACAUACAGUCAACAAAAUCACCUUCUCGGAGCAGUGCUACUACAUCUUCGGAGACCUCUGUGGAAAUAUGGCCAAUCUAUCGUUGCAUGACCACGAUGGAUCCAGCGGGGCCUCUGACCAAGAUACGCUGGCCCCGUUACCUCACCCAGGAGCAGCCCCCUGGCCCCUAGCUUUUCCUUACCAGUAUCCACCUCCACACCCCUACAACCCCCACCCCGGCUUCCCUGAGCCAGGUUACAGCUACGGAGGGGGCAGCGCAGGGAGUCAGCACAGUGAAGGAAGCCGCAGCAGCGGUUCAAACCGCAGUGGCAGCGAGAGACGGAAGGACCGAGACCCCAAAGCCGGGGAGUCCAAGUCGGGUGGUAGCGGCAGCGAAUCGGACCACACCAGCCGUAGCAGCAUUCGGCGGGAGCGAGCAGCCAGCGAAUGCUCCGUGCCGGGCAGCCAACGUAGCCAUCACUCCAUGGCUCACAGCGUGCGCAGCCACCACAGCCAGCAGUCUUAUGGCCCUCCCGGCCUCCCACCUCUCUACAGCCCUCCCAUGCUCCUGAUGCCGCCACCCCCUUCUGCCCUGGGACCUCCUGGGGCUCCCCCGGGCCGAGAUCUGGCCUCGGUGCCCCCUGAACUGACCGCCAGUAGACAGUCAUUCCGAAUGGCCAUGGGCAACCCUACCAAGAAUUAUGGGGUCUUUGACUUCCUUUGAGUUGGCCAGCCGUGGUUGGGGAGAGCGGUGGUGGUUUGGUUCCUCCUACCUCCAGGAGAGGAAGACCCAGAGCCUUUUCAGCCUGCUUAGGGGGCAGAAGAUGACUUCUUGGUUGAGAGAUGUCCUUCCUUUACCCGUCAGCCCGGAAGGGAAGCAGGGCUGAGCUUCUCUUCAGCAGCAGCCUGGCCUUCACCCAUGAGACUCUUGAGAUGGACCUGCUGCAUGGUGGCGCCUUCCCCUUCACCGCUGAAUCCUCAAACCAGGACGAAGGUUUUCCUGGGGAAAACGCUGGAGGCUAAACUUGGUUUUUGGAUGCCUGAUAUCUGGAAGAAAUCCAGGAUGAGAUGGCCAGGAUGCUGUCUCUACUCUAAGGCUAGAUUUUUCAUGAUAUCCAAAACUUUUUUCCUUCUGAAAAAAAUAAAACUUGAGUAAAUGCAAAGAAGACUCUUCUCAAAACCCCAGGAUUGCUUGCUUGC